AUGAAAGGGUCGGAGAUAUCGUCAUCAACACCAACAGCAAUGAUCAAAACCAGCAAUAACGAUGGAAUUAAGCCACAAAAACCCCAGUUCCGGCCAGCUCAGGAUGACACUAAGCCUCCACUGAAAGACCCAACUUUGUUAGUUCACAGAAUUGUUAGUUCUGGGAGAUGGGAUGAUUGA